AUGGACUGGAUCCGGGCUCUGGUUGUGUGUGUGGGAGUCGUGGUUUUGGCUGUGCCUGGUUUGACCCAGGACUCAUCCAGGCCAUUGUAUCUGAUCUCAGGUCCAGAGGUGUUGCAUGCUGGGACACCCACUUCGCUGGCUAUCACCGUCCUUGCUGACUUCCCUGGCAGGGUGAUGGCCGAGGUGGCACAUGGCAACACCAAAGUUGCCCAAACAGAGGACUUCCAAGGAGGUUUAACCAUGGUCCUAACACUCCCUCCUCUCCCGAAUCUUGGAACUUCUUCUGCGAAUUCCCCCCUAAACUUGACGGUGAGGGGCUACAGAGAGGACAAUCUCAUUUUCACCAACACCACCACCCUCCGCUUCAGCCCCAGGAAUGUCUCCACCUUCAUUCAAACGGACAGAGCGCGGUACCAGCCAGGCGACACCGUCAAAGUCAGAGUUGUGUCCGUACAGUUGGAUAACCGUCCGUACAAAGGCAGAGUGGAUGUCUCCAUACAGGAUCCCAGAGGGAAUGUCGUCGACAGGCGGGGGUCCACAGGGAACCCGGGGAUUGUGUUGCGGGAAUUCACUUUAUCCCAGACGAUCCCAAAUCCUCUUGGACAGUGGAUGAUCACAACCACAGUGAACGGUGUGACUGAUGCGAGAGCGUUCACCGUGCAGCAUUACGAGCAUCCUCUCUUUGAAGUGCUGCUGAGGACCCCUUCACGGGUCCUCGUCGGAGAUGACAUAUCAGGAUCAGUGAGAGUGCUUUACCCCAGUGGACAACCUGUACAGGGAACACUAACUGUCUCAGUCACACUGGCGUCCGAUAUGCCUAAUACUGCAUCUUCAUUUAUUCUAACACAGACUAAAGCGAUCUACGGGUCAACACAGUUUUUCUUCGCCAACGAUCUGCUUCAGGAAAAUAGCAGCAGUGUACAUGUUGCUGUCUGUGUUACUGACAACUCCACAAGAAUUAAAGUGAACAAAACAGUUGAAGUCCAGCGCAUGAGGAACACAUUCCAGCUCGCGUUCCCCGAUCCGCCACCUACACUGAAGCCGUCUUUACUCUUCGCUACAAAACUGAAGAUCUCUAGAUAUGACGGAGAGUCACUCAGCGCGGAGGAUCUGACUCACUCUGCUGUGAUUGAAGUCACUCAGAGAACAUCCACGACGAAAGCUGAACCUACAACUCUGACACUUCAAGUGCCUGAGGACGGGAACAUCCACAUCCAGUUAAAGUUACAGGAUCAAGUAGGGAUGCUCUUAAUUCAGGCAAGAUUCCAAAACAGUGAGGAGACUCUGACUGUCAACAACAACCACCCCUCUCCUACCGGCUCCUAUAUUCAGAUCUCCCCAAACGACGCCUUACCUGCACAGAUUGGAUUGCCUCUUCAGAUAGAUGUGAACAGCAGCUUUCAACCAACUGAGCUGCACUUUGUGGUGAGCUCUAGAGGUCAGGUGGUGUCCGCUGGGACAAAGACUUCCUCCCCUUUUACUCUGACCCCCACAUUGUCCUGGUCCCCUGAGGCCUGCGUCACCGUCUACUGCAUCCUGUCUGACGGAGAGGUCACCAUGGACACAGCUCACAUACCCAUCAACCAACACAACUAUGGGUCUCUAAGCUGGGGCACUGACAAAGCUCAGCCGGGUGAACAGGUAUCUCUAGAAGUGACAGCUCUUGAACCGGGAUCCCAGUUGGGAAUCGUGGUAAUGGGGGCGCAUGAUGACGCUCCGCAGGCUGACCUCGACUUAAAAGUGGAGCAGGAAUGUAAUAUUAGGAUGCUGACCAAUGCCAGACUAUAUCAGAAAAACAAGCCUGAUGGACCUACAAAUGAAGGAGAUGACCUAAUGGUAGAGAAGUACUGGAGCCAUUGGAUGGAUGCCACUGAAUCCUUGCUGUGGUUCGACACUAGUGUUAGUAAUCAAACAUGGACAAGUGAGAAAAUAACAGUGCCCGAUGGCGUUUCGUCUUUGAGAGCUUUUGCGCUGGUGAUGUCAGACAACCUGGGUCUGGGCUUCACUCCUGUGCCACAAAAGCUGACCGUGUCCAAAGAUUUUUCCUUGUCUCUGGAUGUCCCAUCAUACCUCAUCAGAGGAGAGGAGAUUGUGCUGGAGGUGAACAUCAUCAACCAUUUAGAGCACGACAUACAGAUCAUCGUGCUGCUAGCACAGAGUGAGGCCUUUGAGUUUGUUUUGGCAGACAAAGGAGACGCCUCGGUGGUAAAUGCUCAAAAACUCAGCGUGGGGAGUCAUAUGUCUGCUUCAGCGCUGUUCCCUAUAAGGCCUGCGGCUCUGGGCGAGAUGGAAAUAUCUGUGGACGCCGUAUCCGCGGAGGCCUCCGACAGCCUUGUUUGGAGAGUGCUUGUGAAGCCUGAGGGAGUUGAAGAGUCCUUCUCAGAGACUCUGUUCCUGGAGAUGGCACUAUUGAAAUACAACAGUUCCAGAUCCAUCUCCUUCUCCUUUCCACCAGAUGUGGUAGCGGGCAGCCAGAGGGCCCAUGUGGCAUUGGUUGGUGAUAUCUUGGCCUUGUCCAUCAACAACUUGGAUUCGCUGGUUCAGAUGCCUGUUGGUUGUGGGGAGCAGAACAUGGUCCACUUCGCUCCGAGUAUUUAUGUCAUCAAGUACCUGGACAAACCAAUCGGGGACAAUAAAGAGAUCAAAAGCAGGGCUCUGGGCUACAUGAUGGAAGGAUAUCAGAGACAACUGUCCUACCAACGAGAUGACGGUUCAUUCAGCGCUUUCGGAGCCAGCGACACCUCUGGUAGCACAUGGUUGACAGCCUUCGUGCUGAGGUGCUUCCUCCAGGCUCAGACCUACAUGCAGGUGGACCAGAGCGUCCUGACCGGAGCUAUGACUUGGCUCUUGAAACACCAGGGGCCCCAGGGUGAGUUCAGUGAGGUGGGCAGGUUGAUCUCCACGGAGAUGCAGGGAGGACUGGAUAAUGGUUCAGUGGGACUCACUGCAUAUGUGCUGAUGGCACUGCUGGAGUAUGACGGCUACGAGGACAUGUACCCAGGUAAUGUGUCCCUGGCUCAGACGUACCUGGAGAACAAAGUGUCCAGUGGAGCGGUGGUCAGUAACUACAGCCUUUGUCUGGUGGCCUAUGCUUUAGCUCUGGCCAAUAGUCCUGUGGCUGGCACUGCCCUGGAGGAGCUCAGCAGUAGAGCCGACUACAGAGAUGGAGUCAUGAUGUGGGAAUCAUCAGCUGGCCUGGAGUCACAUGUCUGGCAGGCGCGCUCAGCACAGAUCGAGAUGGCCUCUUAUAUGCUGCUGGCUCUUUUUAAGCGUGGCAGCUUGGUGGAGGGCAUUGAAAUCUUGAAAUGGUUAAGCAAGCAGAGAAGCCAUCUCGGAGGCUACGGGACGACCCAGGACACAGUGGUUGCCCUCCAAGCUCUGGCUACUUACGCUGCCUUCAGCGGUGCCAACGCCAUUGACCUCAGGCUCAACAUAUCUGCCCCAGCGUCUUCAUUUGUGUCGCUUUUUAGCAUCAACUCCACCACAUUUCAGACGUAUAAUCGCCAAGAGAUCAAUUUUGACAAAGAUCUAAACCUAAAUAUAUACAUGGAGGGAAGAGGAUUUGCAAUAUUUCAGGUGAAUAUCUUUUACAACUUGGAGACCAAAGCUUUUUCACAGAACCUACAGAAUGCCACAGACAAGGAGGCUUUCUCAUUAAAUGUGGAUGUUACUGAGGAAAUAGACCACAAUCACAUGCUGUUAUCAAUAUGCACAGGGUUAAAGGACAAUCAGGUGAUAUCACAAACGGGCAUGGUUCUAUUGGACGUGGGCAUGCUCAGUGGUUUCCGUCUCUCUCCUGAAGCUGCAACCCAAACAGAUCUUAUCAGAAAUGUGGAGAUAUUCCCUGAGAAAGUCAGCCUCUACCUGGAUUCACUCAACAAGUCAGAGGUUUGUAUCACACUUCCAGUCAUCAGAGAUUACAAAGUGGCUCACGUACAGGAUGCUGUGGUGCAUGUUUACGACUACUAUGAACCCACGAGAAAGGCAACAAGAACCUACAACUCAGAGGCUCUGUACAACAUGGAUCCCUGCUUCUUCUGUGGUGAAAACUGUGAUCUCUGUAGGCCAGGAAUCACCAUCACUGUGACCUCCUCACUGUUAGCUCACUCUGUAAGCAGCGCCACCUACAGCUUCAUUUGCCUAUUACUUGGAGUCAUUGCUUCUUUUAUUGUAGUCUAA